AUCCGUUCAUCAUUCAUAAAAAGCCUAUGGCACAAUCGAAAAAAUACAACAAUCUGUAAAAACAUCGUAGAAAACAAAUUUUGCUCAAGAACCACCAAGAAUCGCUGGAGUCAGCAAUGGCCGAUAGUCGAGAACGGAUACGUGGGCCACCCCGUGACGGACGUGAAUUCCUGACAAGUCCCAGACAAGUGCUGCGUCGUUUGAUGUUACUCUCCGAAGGACGGCAGUACAGGGAGGCAGCAGGAGUUGUAGGUAGACUUGGACCAUCUGUCCUGCGUUCGGUAAUAGCAGAAUUGCCAAUCGACUUGCUUCUGGAGCACCUACCACACAGUGCAUAUUUACUAGAGUCAUUCUUUACAAGGUUAAUCACCAUCAAUCCCUCACCAAAGCCUGAUGUGCCAAUAGAAUCGGUUGCUUGGCAACUGGUACGUCUUUUCUCACAUCCUCACGAAUCGGGUGUGAGGCAACGUUGCGGGAAGCUCAUCCAAGCGAUAGCGCAGUAUGAACCAAAUUUGCGACAAACCCUACGGGAGCGGCGGAAGUCCUUUGAUAAUGCAGUUCAAGGUUUAGGUGUGCACGGCUUAACAACCAACUCCGCAGGACAGUUGAUAUCGCUGCAUGUCGCGCUUAAAACUGAGCUACAAAGACACGUUGACACCUACAAAAUGGCCAUACACAAGCUGGAAGAGCUUAGCAUGAUAACAGCGGUGCAAGAUCCUGCACACUCCUCGCAUCAGCGCCUACUAGCCAUCAACUAUGGUGACAUACAACAAAGACUCAUCGAGAACAAAACAUUGCUCACUAUGGUGGACAAGCCCGCGUUGAAGCAGUUAGCCUCUCUUGUGGAGAACCUCAGUCAGCGAGUGGAAAACGACAAAGAAGUCUUGAAGUGUGUGGGUCAGGUGAAACGUUUGGAUGGACAAGCAUGUAUAGAGAAAAGACCGGCAGCGGGGUUGUUAAUGAAUUUCGGGCGAGGUUGCGAAGCUGUUUUGCAACUGAUGGGUCCCGAAGGUGUGCCCACAAGUCCGGUGGAUGCGGAAAGUGCCAGCAGCCACUGCAGCGAUGGCUACCAUUCGGAUGAUUCUGCCAACGAUGACACCAGCGAAAUGGUUACUCAGUAUCGCACCCUGUAUAUGGAGAAUAGAGCGGAUACAUUGGAAGCAUUGGAUGGUCUGCCGCAGCUAAAGCACAUUCACAAUCUGAAAGCGAAAAUACUUUUCUCAAUAAUUGUGUUAUCAUUUCGCCUGUGUCAUGGCAUGCGCGAAAGGAAAGUGGUGGAGGUUCGUCGAACUCUAAAUUGCUCCGUUGAUGCAUCAAACGAGAUCACACUCACCUUAGAUCGAUCAGUGCGAGCCUAUUUGCACGAAACUGUGGAAUCUUUUCCUCUGGGCGAAAUUGAACGCUCGGUUUUCAAUCAAGUACUUUCCACACUACAUGAAUAUCCAUGCCUGGAAUCGUGCAUAGCCCUCACACACUUUGUCAGCGCUUGCGUUCGUCUAGCUUGGCGCAUGAUUAAUCAGAAGUCACCAUAUUAUCUUGACGGCGAUUUCACUCUUGGCUUUCUGCGUCCAGAGAAACACGAACGCCACCCACAGUCUGAUCGCCGCUCCGAUCUUAUCAAAUCCUUCUUUUGGCCAGCUCUUAUGCAGAACAAUCGCUGCGUAUUCAAAGCGGUCGUAGCCACUUAGCCUAACUCUUUCGGAAUAGUAGCA